CAUUCACACUUGGAUCAUUUGUAUUUCCUUUUGUUUCAGAAAGGGGAAAAAAUGUCAGCUGUUGGAGAGGCUGCUCUAUCAGCGUUCUUUGGCGUGCUAUUUAGCAAGUUUGACUCCCCUGAGUUGCUCAAGUUUGCUCGUGAAAAGCAAGUCCAUGGUGAGAUCAAGAAGUGGGAAAAGAUGUUACAGAGCAUCCGUGCAGUGCUUGAUGAUGCAGAGGAGAAGCAGAUGAGAAAUGGGCCGGUGAAAAUCUGGUUAGCUGAGCUCCAGGACUUAGCUUACGACUUGGAUGACUUGUUGGACGAGUUUGCUACUGAGGUUUCGAGGCAGAGGUUGAUACAGGAACAUCGAACUGGUGCGGGUAAGGUACAUAAAUUGGUUCCUGCUUUGUGUUUUAGUCCAGGUGCUGUCAUAUUUAAUAGUAAGAUGUUGUCCAAGAUAAAAGAGAUCACUGCUAGAUUACAAGAAUUAUUUACACAAAAAUUGAAUUUGGAAUUGAGAGAGACUGUGGGUGGAAGGGCAAAGGGAGUGAAAGAAAGGUUGCCAACUACUUCUUUGGUGAAUGAAGUUCAUGUCUAUGGUAGGGAAAAUGACAAGAAGGCGAUAUUUGAAUUGCUUUUGAGGAAUGAUGGUAGUGAUGAUGGAGUUUCUGUUAUUCCCAUCAUUGGCAUGGGAGGGAUUGGGAAAACAACCCUGACUCAGCUUGUCUAUAAUGAUAAUAACAUAAAUGAUUACUUUGAUCUCAAAGCAUGGGUAUGUGUUUCUGAAGAUUUUGAUGUGGUUAAGGUGACAAAAACAAUUUUACAGUCAAUAACUUCUGAACCAUGUGAUGUCAACGAUCUAAAUUUGCUUCAAGUAAAAUUGAAGGAGAAGCUCUUCAAGAAGAAAUUUUUGCUUGUUUUGGAUGAUGUUUGGAAUGAGAAUUACAAUGAUUGGACCAUCCUUCGUUCUCCUUUUGAAGUAGGGGCAAGAGAAAGCAAAAUUAUUGUGACCACUCGUAGUCACCUUGUUUCGUCAGUUAUGGGCACCAUUCCAGGUUAUUCACUGCAAGAGUUAUCGAAUGAUGAUUGUUUGUCUGUCUUUACUCAACAUGCAUUAGGAGCAAGAGAUUUCAGUGGACAUCCAAAGUUAAAAGAAUUUGGUGAGGAGAUAGUGAGAAAGUGUAAUGGCCUGCCUUUAGCAGCAAAAACAAUCGGAGGCAUACUACGCACUAGCAUGGACCCUGAUGCUUGGAAAGACGUAUUGAAGAGCAAGAUAUGGGAUAUGCCAGUAGAGAAUAGUGGUAUAAUUCCAGCUCUUUGGUUGAGCUAUUAUCAUCUUCCCCCACAUUUAAAGCAAUGUUUUGCGUAUUGCGCCAUACUUCCUAAGGGUUAUGAGUUUGGAGAGAAGGAUAUAGUCUUGCUAUGGAUGGCAGAAGGUUUUCUACAGCAAGCAGCUGAUAAAACACAAAUUGAAGAUCUAGGUGGCAAGUACUUUCGAGAUCUAGUGUCAAGGUCAUUGUUUCAAAUAUCUAGCCGGGAUAGAUCUCAAUUUGUAAUGCAUGACCUUAUCAAUGACCUAGCUCAAUCUGUUGCGGAAGAAAUAUGCUGUAGAGUAGAGGGUGAUAAGAAGCUUAAAUUUUCACAACGAGUUCGCCAUUCAUCUUAUGUGGGUGAGUUGUUUGACGGAGUUAAAAAGUUUGAGUCCUUUCAUGAAAUGAAGCAUCUGCGUACUUUCCUACCUUUGAGGUUGGCGAGCUAUGGACCACGCCCUUACUUAACCACCAUUGUUCUCACUGAAUUAUUGCCGAAAUUAAGAUAUUUAAGGGUGCUCUCUCUGAGAAGAUACUACAUCACGAAGUUACUGGAUUCUAUUGGACAUUUAAGGCAUGUUCGAUACCUAAAUUUUUCUCACACUAGCAUAAAGUGUUUACCUGAUUCAAUUAGUACCCUUUCCAAUUUAGAGACCUUGAUAUUAUGCUGGUGUAUUAAUCUUGAGAAGUUACCCUCAGGAAUGGGCAUGUUGAUCAACCUACGGCAUCUUGAUACUACUGGUGCAGCUUCUCUAAAAGGGAUGCCAGUUGGAAUUGGUGGACUAACAUAUCUCCGAACAUUAUCAAAUUUUGUUGUUAGCCACGGUAAUGGAUAUCAAAUAAGAGAGAUGAAGAAUUUAUCAAAUCUCAAAGGAAGACUUUCCAUUUCAGGAUUGGAGAAUGUUGUUGAAGUUAGAGAUGCAUUGGAGGCUAAGUUGCAUGAGAAGUCAGGUUUAAAUUGGUUAGAGCUAAAGUGGAGUAUGGAGUUUGCUAAUAGUUUAAGAUCGGAAAGUGUUGAAAGGGAUAUAUUAAAUUGGCUUCAACCCAAUGAAGAGCUUAAGGAGCUUGCAAUCAAAUAUUAUGGUGUUACAAUAUUCCCAGCUUGGGUAGGAGAUCCUUCAUUCAAAUAUUUAUUGUCUUUAAAUCUUGAAUAUUGUAAGUAUUGCAGAUUGUUGCCAUCGCUUGGAAAACUGCCUUUGCUGAGAAACCUUUGUAUUAGGGGAAUGAGUAGUAUAAAGAGUGUUGGCAUUGAACUCUUUGGAGAGAAUUGCUUAAAUGGAUUUAUGUCAUUAGAGACUCUUUGUUAUGAGGAUAUGCCAGCUUGGAAGGAGUGGAACCCUUGUGAAGUUGAUGAGCAAAUUGAAAAAUUCCCCUUCCUCCGUGAGCUUUCUAUUGUAGAAUGCCCAAAAAUAUUAGGAAGAUUACCUAAACAUCUUCCUUCCUUAGAGAAGCUUAUGGUUCGUGAAUGCAAGCAGUUGGAAGUUUCAAUUUCGAGUCUGCCGAAGCUUCAUGAACUAGAAAUCGAUGGAUGUAAGGAGGUGGUUCUCAAAAGUUCUGCAGACCUUCGCUCAUUGAACAUUGUCUCCAUUUCAAGGGUUUCAAAGUUUACAGGGUUGAUGCCAAUGUUGACAACAGUAGAAAAUCUUAUGAUUAAUGGCUGUAACGAGCUGACUUCAUUGUGGCAAAAUGAGGUGGGACUACUGGGCCAUUGGAGGUCCCUUCACAGUUUGGAAAUUUUGAGUUGCCCACGACUUAUCUCCUUGGAGGCAGAGGAAGAAGGAGAGCUGAUGCAGUUUAGGCCCUUUUGCAAUAUCAAGUCUUUGAUAAUAGGGUAUUGUGAAAGCCUUGAGAAGCUACCUAAUGCCUUCCACAACCUCACAUCUCUGAGAGAGCUACAGAUUGAAAACUGCUCAAAAUUGAUUUCUUUUUCGGACACCAGGUUGCCAUUUACUCUGAAAAAGCUGGUGAUCAGUAAUCAUAACAAUUUGCAGUAUUUGUUAGAUGGAGAGAUUAUCAACACCCAGGAUUCUCUCCUUGAGCAUUUGGAAAUUGCAUCAUGUCCAUCUCUCAUGUCCUUAUCGUCAAGAUGUGAGCUACCAAUUAAUCUUCAACAUCUCAAGAUCAGUGAUUGCUCAAAAUUGGCAUCCUUAUCAUCAAGUGGCAAGUUACCUACAGGGCUCAAACACCUAACGGUUAGGAAUUGCCCUGAGCUGGAAUCCAUUGCACAAGAAUUUCACAACAAUACUUCGCUUGAAUUUAUUCGUAUCAGCUGGUGUAAACGUAUUGCUUAUUUUCCCCGAUUGGACAAGCUCAACUAUCUUCAGGCAAUUGUAACAGAAUAUUGUCCAAGUCUGAUUUCCUUCGGAACGGGUGGAUUGCCCACCAUCAACCUCAAAGUGCUCCGGAUUUAUAAAUGUGAAGAACUGAGGGGUUUGCCUAACUACAUUCACAACCUCACCUCACUUCAAGAAUUGGAGAUAUCAAAUUGUCCGCAUAUCAUAUCCUUCCCAGAAGAGGGCCUUCCUACCAGCUUAAUAACUCUUCGAGUGUCCAAUUUCAAGCUCUGUAGGCCACUGUUUGAAUGGGGAUUGCAUAGACUAACCUCCCUUAAAGUCCUAUCCAUUAAAGGUGGAUGUCCAGAUGUACUGUCAUUUCCACAAGAAGAGAUGGGAAUGAUGCUGCCGACCACUCUUACUAGCCUCACCAUUGAAGAUUUUCCAAAUCUGAAAUCACUAUCUUCCAAGGGUUUUCAGAUCCUCAACUCUCUUGAAUUUUUGUGGAUUGCCAUAUGCCCUAAGCUCACAUCCCUUCCAAGAACAAACCUUCUUCUGUCACUGUUACAAUUGCAUAUUGAUGAUUGUCCUCGACUGAAACAACGGUGCAGAAAAGAUAAAGGGCAAGAGUGGUCCAAGAUAGCCCACGUACCUCGUGUUGAAAUUGAUGGUAGACUCAUUCAUGAUCUAGAAGAGCAAAGCUAAAAGUUGUCUGAUCGCUAUACAGGAGGGAAAACAGGGUCUGACAGCCAAAACAGCUCAGAAUGUUCAAGAGUGGCAAAUUUAUGUCUGCUCCUUCCAGCAAAAGAGCCAAAAGAUGAAGGGAUUGAGAGGUUGGUCUAAACUCUGCAACUUUUAGUUGUCACCAACAUAGCAAAAUUGAAAGAUAUUAAAGUUUUGAUUUAAACUCAGUUAUUUUUUUUCCCAUUGAUAAACUUGGUAUGUAGUAAUAUCAAUAAAUU